AGAACAUUUACUGAAGAAGAGGUUCGUAUUUGGGAAGUACGCUUUCAUCCAACGGAAGUUUAGAAAUUCAAGAUGGCGCUGGACGGAAUGGACCAUAAUAUGGAGAUGGAGGACAGUAAAGGUGGUUCUGGUCUCCGGCAAUACUACUUGUCCAAAAUAGAAGAGUUACAGUUGACAGUGAAUGACAAGAGUCAGAAUCUCAGACGUCUACAGGCUCAGAGGAAUGAACUCAAUGCAAAAGUGCGUCUCCUUCGUGAGGAGCUGCAGUUGCUACAGGAGCAGGGUUCCUAUGUUGGAGAGGUGGUGAGGGCCAUGGACAAAAAGAAAGUGCUGGUCAAGGUCCAUCCAGAGGGAAAAUUUGUGGUGGAUGUGGAUAAGAAUAUUGACAUCAAUGAUGUGACUCCAAAUUGCCGCGUGGCACUGCGCAACGACAGCUACACCCUUCACAAGAUCCUGCCCAACAAGGUGGACCCGCUGGUCUCCCUCAUGAUGGUGGAGAAAGUUCCCGACUCCACCUACGAGAUGAUUGGCGGCCUGGACAAGCAGAUCAAGGAGAUCAAGGAAGUGAUCGAGCUGCCAGUCAAGCACCCAGAGCUCUUCGAGGCUCUCGGCAUUGCACAGCCCAAGGGCGUGCUGCUGUACGGCCCCCCAGGCACAGGGAAGACCCUGCUGGCCAGAGCUGUGGCCCACCACACCGACUGCACCUUUAUCAGGGUGUCAGGCUCGGAGCUGGUGCAGAAGUUCAUUGGAGAGGGUGCCCGCAUGGUGCGCGAGCUGUUCGUCAUGGCCCGCGAGCACGCACCCUCCAUCAUCUUCAUGGACGAGAUCGACUCCAUCGGUUCGUCACGUCUGGAGGGGGGCAGUGGGGGCGACAGCGAGGUGCAGAGGACCAUGCUGGAGCUGCUGAACCAGCUGGAUGGCUUCGAGGCCACCAAAAACAUCAAGGUCAUCAUGGCCACCAACCGUAUUGACAUCCUAGACUCUGCCUUGCUCCGGCCCGGCCGCAUCGACAGGAAGAUCGAGUUCCCCCCUCCCAAUGAAGAGGCCCGUUUGGACAUUCUGAAGAUCCACUCAAGGAAGAUGAACUUGACGCGUGGUAUUAACCUGAGGAAGAUUGCAGAACUGAUGCCCGGAGCCUCCGGGGCCGAGGUUAAGGGUGUGUGCACCGAGUCAGGGAUGUACGCCCUCAGGGAGAGGAGAGUGCACGUCAACCAGGAGGACUUUGAGAUGGCUGUUGCCAAGGUGAUGCAGAAGGACAGCGAGAAGAACAUGUCCAUCAAGAAACUCUGGAAGUAGACCUUUGGGAUUUUUUGGGACCCGAGGGCAGACCUGCAAAGUCACACAUGUAUAUUUUUACUCUUGUUUAGGAUUGGUUUAUAAUUGUUACCCAAAAUUAAUUCUAAAAUAAAUGGUGUCUCCCCACUGAGAAACAAG